AUGGACUCGAAGCGGCCCCUAACCCGCUCGCAACUCGUCGUCCCGGAUACAAUUCUCCGAUCGCCACUUACAGCAGCCAAACAGCGCACCUACAACGAUCACGACGAAAGUGAGGACGAGAUUUUGCUCUCCCCCAACAAGGCCAAGCCGCGGUCAAAACGAUCAGCUUCCCCUACUCCCGCGGACGGUAAUGCAGUAAAGCGCCUCAAAUUCGACCCAGAAAUCGCCAGAGACACGGAAAACAAGCAUACUCGAAAUAAUUCCGAACCGUUUCCCGUCCACUCGAAGCCUGGCACGCCAAAGGGUCGAGCUCGCUCAGUUCCGCUCCUUACCCAACCAACUACUACCAGUUCCUGGCAAAGGCGGGCUCGCUCGCGGUCUCCUUCCAAGGAGGCAGACUUUCAGCCCACCUUCUUUUCCUCUCUACCGUCAAUUACAGAAUCCAUGCCACCUCCCAUUCUUCAACUCCCUUCCGCUCCCACGACUCCUUCAACGAAUCAACUACGUAUACCCGCCACCCCAAUGUCUCCAUUGACGCCGCUGCCUGCAACGCCUCGUGUGGACAAGCACCAACCGGAAGCGGAUGACUUUCCGCGGACAAUUGGGUGGGGAGCGGAUGUAGAGGAAGUACGGCGAAUAGAGGCUCUGCCAGCUCCCACCGAAGCGCCAGCGCCAGAACCUAAAGUACCAAUGCCGCCAUCACCACCACCACCACCACCACCAGCCCAUCGUCGUGAAACAGCCGAAUCAAGUAGAACCACGAGAAGAACCACCAAACCCUCGCAACUCCCUCGCCCUCCAAUUGCGGGUCCAUCAAAAGCUCCUUCUAAAUCCAUGGCACCGCCACCAGCUCCCUCUGUGCUAAAGAAGAAUUUGUUUCACUACUUUGGAGAUCAAUCCAACGCAAAGAACACGAAGCCGGUGGAUAAGGUAAUGGAGAAGGGUAAAGCAAAGGCAGAGCCGGCAAAGAAACCCAUCAAAGGGAACAUGCGUGCUCGCGAGAAACCACAGGCUCUACCUCUGCCUCUACCUAUAAUUCAGCGCCUACCCGACGAAGAUGACGACGAGCUGUUUGUCUCACGGCCUAUCAUAAGACCAACAGCAACUCAACCAACGGAGUCUACUCGGUCAUUAAGUCCUUUGACAGACUUGGAAGAUGACGACCCCGUUCCUGCUCCUGCAGUCAGACCCAAUGAUCUACCUCCCCUCAGCCCAUUAACAGAGCCUACCGAUGACGAGCUUGUGCCAGAGGUCAUGAUAGAUGAUAUUCCCGUACCCUUGGACACCGAAACUCCUCCCAGUCCAUUAACCGAGCCCACCGAUGACGAUCUUCCGGUUAUUGAAGACACAAUGAUCCCACUUCCACCGCCUUCUUCUUCACCAGUCGAAGAGGGAGAGCUAGAUCUGCCCCCCAUGACCGUCGACCGGGCUGGAGAGGAACCGUCGACAACCGACAUAGAACUACCUUCAAUGGCCGCACCAGCAGAACAAAUUCCAGACCCUCCUGGCAACAUUUCUCCGCCCACUAUCGCGGGAGAUGAUGCACAUUCAACACCAGCAACAAAUCCUACUGUCAACGAUGUUGUUGUUGUGCCUGAUUCUUCGCUCCAGUCCAAAGCUCGACCCAAAUCCCGCGUAGGAAAGCCACGUGCCCCACCCCCGUUGCCUGCAGACCGAGUAACUCGCAGCACGUCUUUGAAGAGGAAAGAGGUAGACGACGGGCCGACCCAACGAACCUUGAUCUCUUUUGGAGUCGGACCUGCCAAAAUGAUUGGUAAUCCGGCGAAGAAACAGAAGAUGGAUGCGCCGCCUUCGCCUUCAAAGAUACCGAUUCCUUCGCCAAGCAAGAUUUCUUCUUUCGCUAGUCCGACCAAGGCAAGCAGUGCUAGGGCUGCAGCUACCCGCAAAAAGCCGGUGUCGGCAGUUGCGGGGCCAAGUAGUGGUUCUAUGUCUCCCGCCAAGAACAGAUUGGACCGUGCAAGUAGUGUAUUUAAUACUCGUCCUCCGCCUCUAUUCCCUCGCGCUUUCACGGAGGGAUCCUCAUCCCUGCAAUCACUGACGACGGCAUUGGAACGCCUGCGAGCUCCCCCGCCAGAAAGACCUAAUACCAGUUUAGGCUUUAGUCGGGACGAUGUUGAAACGAGUCUGGGAGAGUCGUCAAAAAGUGUGGACGAUAGGAACAUCGGGCUAGGCCGGCCAAGUAAAGGUGCAUUGCAACGAGCAACAACCGUUGCAUCCAUUCCCAGUCGUUCUUCGUCUUCCUCGUCAAUUGCGGAAUCCUCCAGUGCUGCGGCCACCAAAACUCAACUCGUCCAACGGCCGCUCACGUCCUUCUUGAACGGGAAAUCAGGGGGAACGGCCAAAUUGGCGGUUGGCGGUGGAUCUAUUCUACGUGGUGGAGCCUUUUCUGCUCGCGGUAGAAUGGCACCCAAAGUCAGUCGCAAUCCUGGGCUACCAAGUGUUAUGGGGAGUCCAGUCAAAGGCGGGACUUCUGGGGCCGGUGAAGGUGGUGAUGCGCCAAUGUUGGAAGAGGAAUUAGGGCCUCCACAGGCCGACACCGACCAAGCUGUGGAACGAGUGACAUCUCCUCGAAGCGUGACGUUCGACUUGGAGAGUCUUGGAUUUGAGCCGGCGAAAAGGGUCAAAAAGAAGGAGAUCCUUGCUGACUGGAAGUCUAAUGCAUCGAGGCGGGCUUCCAUGGCCCUACACGAGCUUUCCAAGUCUAUUUCGCUGCCUAUUAAGCCUAUGGGACCACCAGAAUCACCCGCGGACCGUCUAGGGAUGCGAAGUUCUAGUAGCAGUUACCCUUCAAGCUCAUCGUCAACGGAUGCUACAGGCUCUGUGGAUGUUGAAGGGAUGCGGCGGAGUACACGAAUUGCGAAAGCCGCAGUGGCUGAUAUGUCUGUCGAUGAAGAUGUCGCUUCUUCUUCAACAACACCCGCGCCGCUUACAGUGCUCAAAGGCUGUGUCAUUUUUGUGGAUGUUAUUUCUGAGAUGGGUGAUGACUCGUUGCGCUCGUUAUAUUCCGACACAUUGAAGACUCUUGGAGCUCGAAUUCAGGGGAGCGUGGGCCAAACUUGCACGCAUAUUGUCUACAAGAAUGGGCUGCGCAGCACCUAUAGCAAGUACAAGGCAUUAUCCGAACCGCGGCCAUUCUUGGUUGGAAUGGAAUGGGUGGUCAAAUGUGCUGAGACCAAGACGCGCCAGGACGAGACCCCAUAUCUCAUUGAUCUUGACGACAUGAACACGACUGCUCCCAAGCGCCGCAAAACAAUGAUGCCGUUAUUCGGGUCGUCCGUUGGCGAUGAUAGCAUGGACGAAGGUCAUUCGUUGGAUAUUUCCUCAAACUCGAUUAUAAUGGGCGAUGAUCUCACCCCGCUGGAGCGUGCGCGACAACGCAAAGCCGCUGCGACUCUUGGUGCCUCAUGA